CCCAACUGCACUCCGCCAAUAAGUUAUAACCACGACCGCUCGAUUUGGUAUCGCAUAUGCAACCUUACGCAUUCAGCUUCCUUAUCGGACAACAUGUAAGGUAAGCAUCGGUGACUUGGUGGGAUAAGCUGUGCUGUGCCGCAAAAGGGUUUGCACCUCGAUUUCUGAGUUGAUUGAAGCUUUCCAUCUUCAUCACGGAAACUUCAUUCGACUCGUUAUUUCGAGGUGAUAUUGUGUGAAAAUGGGGUCGCCUCCAGAUACGACGCGCUUGUUGACCGAGACGGAGUCGAGGCGAACGUCGAUUGAUACGAUUAAUGACCUGCCAGAUGAGAGUCUGCUGGAGAACGGGAUUUCGGAGAGUCAACCGUUAUGGGAGAAUGAAGGUGGGGAAGAAGUGAAGAGUGUCUGUACUAAACAUAUGAUUCUUUUGACCUGUGGAACUUUUGGGUAUGUAGUAUCACUCUAUCUGUAGAACGAAGGAAGGGAUGGGACUAAUGAACCCCGCAGCUUACAAAAUGUGUGGUCUCUCUUACUCGCAAAUGGCACCGUAAGCUGGAAUUCCCCCGCCAUUAAUCUUUGUUUCAUAUUAACACAUUUUGUAGCCAUAUUUACUAGCUAUCGGGUUUUCGAGAUCAACCACGGCGUUGAUAUGGGCAGCCGGACCUCUUGCAGGAACUUUCAUACAACCUUUCAUCGGAACGAUUUCCGAUCAAAGUACCUCUAAAUAUGGCAAACGAAAGCCCUUCAUCAUAGCCGGAAUAGUUGGUGCCGUACUUUCUAUGAUAUCUAUGGCCGUUAUGCGUAUCGCAGCCGCUAAAUUUUAUAAUUGGAUAGGACGGGAAUAUAUUGGUGCGCAUGUUACUCUUAACAUGACUCGGGGUCUCGUUAUUUUCUGGAUCUGCAUUUUGAAUCUAAGUUUGCAGCCUAUACAAGUUGGGCUGAGAGCGCUGGUCGUGGAUAGUGUUCCUUCUCAACAACAGAGUGAAGCUAGUUCUUGGCUUGGAAGGUUUACGGGAUUAGGAGGGAUUGCUACGUAUUUGCUUGAUGGGUGGUUGAUUGAUAGAUAUGGGGAUAAGACGUUUGAGAUUCUGUGUAUUGUUACGAGCUUGAGUUUGGUUAUUACUAAUCUACCUUGUUUGGUUUUCGCUAGCGAAAGGAAAGAGGGGAGGGAAUUGGCGGGCGUCAAGCGGAGUUUUAGGGUGGGGAAGUUGUUUAAAAGGUUGAUGAGUACGACGAGGAGGAUGCCGAAGAGUAUUGUGCAUAUUUGUGUUAUUCAAUUUGCUUCCUGGUUGGGAUGGUUUCCGUUCUUAUUCUACAACACAACGUAAGUACUCUCCCCUUAAUCGAGAAGCUGUGAACUAAUAGCUUACAGGUAUAUAUCAGCACUCGACCCACAUCACACCACGAGCAACAUGAAAAUCCACUCCAAUUCUAGUGGUGUCCAAGCUUACCUCUUCUUCGCAAUAACGUCAUUCGUCUCUUCCAUGCUUCUCCCUCUCAUGAUACCAACCGCAACCAACAAACCUAUCUCAAACGGGCUCUCCACCAUGAUAUCUUACCUCCACAUCACCCUAACUAAACUUUGGAUAUUCUCCCAAGUCUUAUUUGCAGCCUGCAUGUUCUCCACGUCUAUCAUAACAAACACACUUGGGGGUACAUUAAUGGUAGCCAUCGUUGGCAUCAGCUGGGCACUUACACAAUGGGUCCCUAUGGCCAUGAUGAGUGCUGAGAUUGCAAAUAUAAGGGAGGAUGGAGAAGGAGAAGACGAGACAGGGACGCUGAUGAGUGUUUUUAAUGUUGCCAUCUCAGCGCCACAGAUUUUGGCGAGUGGGCUUUGUAGUGGGUUGUUUUGGGUGGUUAGAGGAAUGGAUCUUGUGGAUUCGCUUGGGUGGGCGUUGAAGAUGGGGGGUUUGGCAAGCGUAGUUGCGGCGGGGUUAAUUGUUUUUAGAAAGUAG